AUGUCAUCACCACCACACAACAACAAAGAGCUGCCAGUGAUAUGGCUCGCUCCCCCAGCCGCCCUCUCCCCCUCAGCUCACCCCAUCGCAACCCAACCCCUCCCCAUAGCCAUAAGCGCAACCCUCGCAACCCUCAUAAUCGUCACUCUCAUCGUAUUGUACAACAAGAAGCCAAAGACGCCCAAACCACUACGCUUGAACGUCUCGCCUGCCACACCACGGCACAACACCCACGUCCAAUACCCCAAACCUACGCACGCAUCUCGCACGAAACCAUACAUUCCGUCGGUUCACCCGCUUCCACAUAUUGUCGCUAAUUCUGUCAACAAGCCUACCAAGUCCGAAGCCACAACUGCAAGCAACACUUCUAGCAGCGACCCGCCUUCGCAGGACACGCCCGUGCAGGAAUAUCACUCUUAUCUUAGAGACAGCGUUCAUGAAGAAUCGCUUAGAAGCGCUGCUGCUUCGCGAUCGGCUUCGCAGAACAGCUACAAGGUUCCGUCAUACUACGAGAACGUGGCGGGGUCGAAUCGCAGCGUCAUCGAUGUCGCGGGCACUGCUCCAGCCGCUGAUGCCUUUCAAACAGCCGCGAGUUCUGACUACAGCAUCUCUAUUGAUCCGACACCCCGCCCUAGCCGUCAGAACUCCUUCCGCAGGUCGCGGGCUAACGGCUUAUGGACGCGGUUGCGAUUGGGCUCAGAGUACGAUGGAGAUCGCACUUAUGUACCGAGCGAAGCUGAUCUUCGAUUGGCAUAA